AAAACCAUUGGAAAAUAAAAAUCCUUAUUAACAACCUUCAUCCAAAUUAAAUGGCUUUCUCAAAACUCAUGACAAUUUUUCUCUACUCAUUUACCCUAGCUUUCCUUAUCCAAACAUCUUUUGGUGCCGAUCCACUUUUUCAUUUUUGUUCUAACUCGGGCAACUUCACGGCCAACAGCCCAUAUGAAUCAAACUUAAAAACAUUAAUCAACUCACUUAUCUACAAGACCCCUUCAACAGGUUUUGGCAAUGGAUCAUCGAGUCUGGUCCAAAACCAAAACCAACAAACAUAUGGGCUCGCCCUUUGCCGGGGAGAUGUCUCACCCUCAGAGUGCAAAACUUGUGUCUCCGAGGCAACCAAAGAAAUACAAAGUCGAUGUCCAUACAACAAAGGCGGCAUCAUAUGGUACGACUAUUGCUUAUUUAAAUAUUCGGAUACGGAUUUCUUUGGCAAGAUUGCCAAGACCAACAGAUUCUAUAUGUGGAAUUUGAAUAACGUGAGUGACCCUUCGACGUUUAAUUACAAGACUAAAGAUUUAUUGAGCCAGCUUGCACAAAAAGCUUCUAUGAAUCCUAAAUUGUAUGCAACAGGAGAGGUAAAGCUUGAGGAAUCAAAGAAACUUUAUGGGUUAACUCAGUGCACUAGAGACCUUUCUAGUGCUGAUUGCAAGAAUUGUCUUGAUGCUGCAAUUAAUGAACUUCGAAAUUGUUGUGAUGGAAAAGAAGGAGGUAGAGUUGUUGGGGGAAGCUGCAACUUUCGAUAUGAGAUAUACCCAUUUGUUAAAGAGUAAUUAGUGCUAGAAUUUUAUUGGUUGACCUCCUUGUCAAUAAAGGUUAUAGCACUGCUAGAAUGCAUGAAUAAAUAAACUUUGUUACUCCUUUAUGGCUUUUGUUAAUGCAACAUAUAUAAAAAUGCUACUUUAGAAAA